CACCAAAUAAUUCCGGGUCUAUAAAAGUAUCUGUGUGCGCUCUGUGCUGCCACUACCACUCCACGCACACACUACGUAGCAAGUUGGAUAGGAUAAGAGCACCUUACUCUCAAGUCUCAUCUCUGUGUUCCAAAUAACCAAACCAUCAGAUACAUUAACAUUAUUCAAGCGGAGCUGCAUAUCAAUCAGCAUUAACACCCAUCAUGUGUGUGACAACGUUGUACGUCUGUGAUGAAGAGGAAAGAGAACUCGGGAGACAGCAAGCCUCAGGAGCCUGCCCCUACUGCGGCGGAAAAGUCGAAGCGAUUGAUGUUGAGAGCAAGUGGAGGUUCUGUUUCCUCCCUUUCUGCUCCAUUGUCAAGCGCAAGUUUCUCUGCACUCUCUGCUCUCGUCGCCUCGUCCUUUAUUCUUAGCCACUUGCCCGUCUUCGUCCUCCGACGUAAACGUAAUAUAUGAUCCCAGUAAUUCCUCGUCCCAAUAACCCGAGAUUUUAGGAGAACUCGUAGCUUAACCACGCCGCGCUCUGCCAGUCUGUUUUACCGCAACCUAGAUGUGUCACUGUGUGUCUAUUAUGUUGUGGCUACUGCAUGUUAACUCUAGAGAUCAGUUUUCACUGUUUGAUUAUGUACCCCUUGCUGUACUCUGUCAUGUCUUUGUUCUUUGUUGCUUCAUUUUGUUCCUUUUUUCCUGUUUAUGAUCAAUUGAUAAAUGAUGGUUGGUCUGA